UUCUCACUUGUUGCUUAAGCUUAAGCAACUGAAAGAAAAAGGCAGAGAGGAGACUCUAGAGAGAGCAAACAAGAGAGAGGCGUUUGUAAGCGAUCUGAUCUCUUCAACUAAGCAAGCUUGCUCUUUUUUGGAUAUCUGCAAGAGGAAGUUCAAUCCUUUCUUCUUCUUUAUCUCUUUCACAGUAACAACCCAUACAUGGAUUCAUUUCCGGAAUUGGAAUCAGAGGAGUACUCUAGGAAGCCACUCGGAAUCCGAUUCCUAGAGUACAGAAAGAAAUCCGCCCUCUCUUUCAAAGCACACCAAGCGAUCGUCCUAAUUGUAACAUUUCUUGCAUACACAAGCUACCAUACCACUCGAAAGACUACAAGCAUUGUCAAAAGUUCCCUUGAUCCGCAAUCACCAAAUGUGGGCUUGAAGCUCUUCUCAUGGCAAAGAACCUACGCUAAAGAACCGUCUGAAAGCAACAGAGUCUCAUGGGUGCUUGGAAGUGGUUGGGCGCCCUUUAACAGUUUCGAUGGCACAGCCUUGCUCGGUGAACUUGAUGUGGCUUUCCUUUCCGUGUAUGCAGUUGGAAUGUACUUCUCGGGACAUUUGGGUGACAGAAUGGAUCUUAGAAUUUUUCUAACAGUGGGAAUGGUGGGAACUGGUUUGUUCACUUCACUCUUUGGACUUGGGUACUUUGCAAACAUCCAUCUUUUCUAUUAUUACUUAAUAGUCCAGAUGUUUGCGGGUUUGUUGCAAUCCACUGGAUGGCCUUCCGUUGUUGCUGUGGUUGGGAACUGGUUCGGGAAGAAAAAGAGAGGGCUCGUGAUGGGGAUUUGGAAUGCUCAUACAUCUGUCGGAAACAUCACUGGUUCUUUGAUUGCUUCGGCUCUAUUGAAGUAUGGAUGGGGUUGGUCCAUGGUUGUUCCCGGUCUCAUUAUUGCUUUGUUUGGUUUGGUGGUUUUGUUUUUCUUGCCGGUCAGUCCCAAUUCCGUUGGAGCUGAUAGAGAUGAAGAUGAAUUAGACUCUCCAAAGAAAAGUGGAGAGAGAAUAACCGAACCUUUGUUGAAACCGGAGACAGAUAAGGAGGAAGCUGUGGGGUUUGUAGAAGCAUGGAAAAUUCCCGGGGUUGCUCCUUUUGCUCUUUGCCUCUUCUUUGCUAAAUUGGUUGCUUAUACAUUUCUCUAUUGGCUUCCUUUCUACAUUAGCCACACAGCUAUAGAUGGCAAGUACUUAUCUGAUGAGGCAGCUGGGAACUUAUCUACAUUGUUUGACGUCGGAGGUGUGGUCGGAGGAAUCCUUGCAGGCCACAUUUCUGAUCACCUGGAUGCCAGAGCUAUAACAGCUGCAAGCUUCAUGUACUGUUCCAUCCCUGCUCUCUACUUGUACAGAAGCUACGGACACAUCUCUUUGCCCCUAAACAUCAUUUUCAUGCUAAUCACUGGCAUGUUUGUGAACGGGCCUUAUGCUCUUAUAACAACAGCGGUCUCAGCUGACCUUGGGACACACAGCUCACUGAAAGGCAACUCACGCGCACUAGCAACUGUGACAGCAAUUAUAGACGGAACAGGCUCUAUUGGAGCUGCUAUUGGACCAUUGGUAACCGGUUACAUUUCUAGGAAGAGCUGGAAUGGGGUUUUCUCAAUGCUAAUGGCAUCGGCUCUGGUGGCGGGAUUGCUUCUAACCAGGCUUGUCGUGGCCGAAGUGGCUGCAAGGUUUCAGAAGUCAAGGUCACAAUGUACCCCUUCUUCAAGGCCUCAUCCAGCUCCACUUGAAGUUUGAUUUCAUUCAAGUUGAUAUAAAGGCUUCCUUUUUAAUGCCUGUGUGUAAUGCUUCGAGAGUGUUUUUCGAGCUCUAAAUCACAGCCCCUCGGUCAUUUUUAGAUUUAGAGGGGAUAGCCCUUUCACACUAAGAAGUUUUUAGCAUGGAAGGGAAAUUUGUGGGCCAAUUGGUUCACAUAUGUAUGUGUACACUUUUAGUAUGUAUAUAGGAUAAUGAAAAUGGUCCAAAUGACAGUGGAAGAACAUUUUGUGUGUACUUUGGGUGCAGUUUUUGUUGUUUUAAUUUUAGUUGCCAAACAAGCAAAACUUGAGUUGACAUGAGUUAAA